AUGUUUAAGGACAAAGCGCAGUUCAAGUUGACGAUGUCGAUCUAUGCACUCGCGGAGGUGUGCAGGUUCAAAUUCAGGCAUUGCAAACGCUUCGUCAUGGCUAUAUGCGUUGAAAAACAGUGUACUUGGAGGGUAUGUGCUAAGCAACUGGGUGAUUCUCCUACGUAUGUUGUAAAGAAGGCAAUUUUGGGACAUCAAUGUACAUCUGAUGUGCGAAGGCUGUACAAAAAACAUGGAACAUCUAGAGUUCUUGCUGCUCUUCUGCACUCAAAAUACGAAGGACUCCACUAUGGACCUCGUGCUAUGGAACUGCCAGAAGUACUUCGAACGGAAUUCAACUAUACAUGCACGUACUGGAAAGCUUGGAAAGUUAAGGAACUAACAAUUGCGUCUGCCCAAGGAACAGAGGAAAUGUCUUACAAGAUGUUACCACAGUACUUGCACGUACUGAAAUUAGCAAAUCCUGGAACAAUCACGGAUAUUAAAACCGAACUUGAUAAAGAAGGAAAAUCGAGGUUCCUGUAUGCAUUCAUGUCACUGAAGGCUUGUAUCGAUGGGUGGCAGCAUUUGCGUAAGGUCCUUGUGGUGGACGGCACCCACAUGUUUGGGAAAUACAAAGGGGUAUUGCUUAGUGCUAGCGGGCAAGACGCAGACUGCCGCAUAUUCCCUAUUGCUUUCGCAGUAGUGGAUAGCGAGAACUCAGAUUCUUGGAAGUGGUUCUUCGAAAGAUGCGCCGCUAUAUUUGCAGCUAAAGAUAGAUGGUAUCCAUCUGCACACCAUGGUAUUUGUCUUGUACACCUUAAGCGUAACGUGGACGAUAAGUACAAAGGACUGCAGCAGAAGCAGAUGAUCUAUGACCUUAUAAAGCUUAUGGAUUGGAGAUGUUGGGAUUACUUGGAGAAAAUCGACAAAAAGUUAUGGACACGUUCACAUUUCGAAGGAAAUAGGUUUAACUUGAUGAGUUCAAAUAUAGCUGAAUCGUUGAAUAAAGCGCUGCUGUCAGCGCGUGAUAGCCCUAUUAAUGGCAUUGCUGGAGUUUAUAAGACGGAUGUUGAGCAGAUGGUUCAAGUGCAGGCGCUGCGAUAUUAG